AUGGGUAAGGGAUCCUUCAAAUACGCUUGGGUAUUGGACAAACUGAAGGCUGAACGUGAACGUGGUAUUACCAUUGACAUCGCUCUGUGGAAGUUCGAAACCAGCAAAUACUAUGUUACCAUCAUCGACGCUCCUGGACACAGAGAUUUCAUCAAGAACAUGAUUACUGGAACCUCCCAGGCUGACUGCGCCGUAUUGAUCGUCGCUGCUGGUACUGGUGAGUUCGAAGCCGGUAUCUCAAAGAACGGACAAACCCGUGAACACGCGCUUCUCGCCUUUACUCUCGGUGUCAAGCAACUAAUUGUUGGUGUCAACAAAAUGGACUCAACUGAGCCCCCAUACAAUGAAGGCCGUUUCGAGGAAAUCAAGAAGGAAGUCUCCUCAUACAUCAAGAAGAUUGGUUACAACCCAGCUGCUGUCGCCUUUGUACCCAUUUCUGGCUGGCAUGGAGACAACAUGUUGGAGGCAUCUACCAAAAUGCCCUGGUUCAAGGGAUGGCAAGUGGAGCGCAAAGAAGGCAAGGCUGAGGGUAAAUGCCUGAUUGAAGCUCUUGAUGCCAUCUUACCUCCAGCUCGUCCCACAGACAAGCCUCUGCGUCUUCCUCUUCAGGACGUAUACAAAAUUGGUGGUAUUGGAACAGUACCUGUUGGCAGAGUGGAAACUGGUGUUCUCAAGCCUGGUACCAUUGUUGUAUUUGCCCCUGCCAACAUUACCACUGAAGUUAAGUCAGUUGAAAUGCAUCACGAAGCUCUCCAAGAGGCUGUGCCUGGAGACAAUGUAGGUUUCAACGUUAAGAACGUCUCAGUCAAGGAAUUGCGUCGUGGUUACGUCGCUGGUGACUCAAAGAGCAACCCACCCAAGGGAGCUGCUGACUUCACCGCUCAAGUCAUUGUAUUGAACCACCCUGGACAGAUCUCCAAUGGCUACACACCAGUACUGGAUUGCCACACAGCCCACAUUGCCUGCAAAUUCGCAGAAAUCAAAGAAAAGGUUGACCGUCGUUCUGGUAAAUCUACUGAAGACAACCCUAAAUCCAUCAAAUCUGGUGACGCUGCCAUCGUCAACCUGGUUCCUUCCAAACCUUUGUGUGUGGAGUCCUUCCAGGAAUUCCCACCUCUGGGACGUUUUGCUGUCCGUGACAUGAGGCAGACUGUGGCUGUAGGAGUCAUCAAGGCUGUAAACUUCAAGGACGCUAGCAGUGGCAAGGUCACCAAGGCUGCCGAGAAGGCCACCAAGGGCAAGAAGUAG